CCCCCCCCCCCCCGCCCCCUCCUCCUCUUCUUCCACCUUUCCGCUCGUCUUCUCAUCCCGACUCUCCUCUCCCAGCUCCCGCCGUGGGGUCGCAGCUCUCAAUCUCCCUCCCCCCUUCCCUUGCUCCCUACCUCCCCCGGGUGCUGCUGGGAGCCUCCGGGCUGCUGCGCCGCAGGAGGAUGUCUCGCAGGGAGUCUCCGCCGCCGUCCUCUCCACCCCCAGCUCCGCAGCUGCUGGGGGUGCGGAGAGAAGAGGAGGAUCGUCCGGAGCGUGCAGAGCCGCUGUCCGACACCGAGAGGGAGAUCAUCCAGGACACGUGGGGGCACGUCUACAAGAAUUGUGAGGACGUGGGGGUGUCUGUGCUCAUAAGAUUCUUUGUCAACUUCCCAUCAGCCAAACAGUACUUCAGCCAGUUCCAGGACAUGGAGGAUCCAGAGGAGAUGGAGCGAAGCAGCCAACUUCGGCACCAUGCAUGCAGGGUGAUGAAUGCCAUCAAUACUGUGGUGGAGAACCUCCAUGACCCAGAGAAGGUGUCGUCAGUGCUGGCCCUGGUGGGAAAGGCCCAUGCUAUCAAACACAAGGUGGAACCCAUGUACUUCAAGAUUCUGAGCAGCGUGAUGCUGGAGGUGUUAGCUGAAGAUUUCCCAGAAUUCUUCACAGCAGAGGUGCAGAUAGUGUGGACCAAACUGAUGGGGGCGGUGUACUGGCAUGUGACAGGGGCCUACACAGAGGUGGGUUGGCUCCAGGUCUCCAGCUCAGCAGUGUGAAGAAUUUGGAAGAAGAGGUGGUAAAAGAGUUUGCAAAAGUUCUGUGAGGAUGGUUUCACAGACAUGGAUACGAUUAUUGUGGUAAUCCAUGCAACUUUAUUUUUGUGACAUUUUGGGUGCUAAGCCUCCAUUACUGUAGUGUUUCUAUAUUGCACUUCCCAGAGAUCACUUUGGCACCAAACAAUGUAGCCAGACCACAUGUUUCUUUUAGUUUUAGCCAGUGGUACUUUGGUCUGUGUUUUUAGCCACGGAAGCUAUCACUGCUCACUACACAGUUCUUCUACUGUUUAUUCCAAACUACUGUUCCUGCCAGAAGCAUACCACACAUCAUUGAUUAACAAUUUAUCCUUUGCUAAGCCCUGUCGCCCUUGAUUACUGUCACUAGGCCUGUCAAGCUUUCCAAUGCAGUUUACAAUGAUAAUGAAGUCAGAUUUUACCAUUCAAAAUUCUUGGUAAAUUUUUGAAGAAGUGGUUCCUUGAUUUUAGACAGAGGUAGUAGGCUUUUCCUUUUCAGCUGAACACUGUUGUUCUGGCCACCAGUAAUAACAACUGUUGCUAGCAGAUUAGAUCAACUAUCACUGGCUAGCUAAUUAAUGUUAGCAACUGUUAGUUUUUUUCCUGUUUCCAACCAACUUUUUUUUAAUAAAAACCCUGUAAAAGGGUUUAAAUAUGUACUUGAAGGCUUCCUAACAGCUAAAUCAUAUUAUGCUAAAAAGCUAAAGCUACACGUCCUACACAGCAUCUUCACCUUGAAACAUGUACAACACAUGAAAUCAAAGAAGUAGUAUUGUUUUUGUAUUGUGGCAUAGCUAUAUAAAGUAGUUCUAGCAUUAUGUUCCUAUAUGAUAAAGAAAAAUGUUAAGAAAAAUACUGUAAUACUGUGUUAUAGUACUGUAAGUUUUAGCUGACAUUUGCAGCGUAGGUUAGAGCAGACAAACACGCUAUUUAUAUACUGCACUCUUCAACUUUUGGUGUUUUUGAUUGAAAAAAACAGCGCCCUCCAAACUCUUGAAUACCAUAUGUUGCUCUCAAUGCAGCUUCAUGCACAUUGCUUUGGCUUGUAAAAAACUCCAAAGCUUGACAGGCCGGCUGUGUGUAGUUACAGAUAAGCUAACAUUUUGUUGGACAAGGACAGUUCAAGGAAGGAUGUUUUAGUGAACAGACAGCUGGGGAUGGCAGAAACUUUUAUUUAGGCUAUACAGAAAUGUUGCAGCUUAUUAUUUUACACUUCACUUUUGUGGAAACCUGCAGUGAAAGAGGCAUCUUCCGGCUAAGCUGCACAUAUGAAUAGGCCUACACCUCAUGAUAUUUGAAAAAGAGAUUAAAAAAUGUUUAGGCAAGAAGUGAUAUUUAAGCUCUAAGAAGGGGGCAGUUAGAUGUUGAAGCUAUUGGACUAUGGAGCUGCUGACUGUUAAUAGAUUGUCUUUGUGUCCUAUUAAAGUAUAUCCUCAAGUUUAGGGGACCUGUGUCCCUUUCUCUCUCUAUUGAUUCAUUGCGUGCUCUUAUUGUCUCGUUUAACUUUACAGAGGUGUUGUUUGUGUAAGUGUACAGUGGGCAAGUGUGCAUACUCUUCUGCCUUUGUUUACAACUCAUUGACACGUAGGUCUGUUGACGUGUUAAAGAGGGCUGUAUUUUCUUUGGUAAAAGUCUUGGACUAGCAACAGUGCUUUCAUUUUUUCACUUUCAUUACACGCAAACAUUGUGAAAGGGAGAUGGAAAAUAUCAGCAGGUGGACACAAUCAGCAACCAGACAUGUACACACUCACACACAGGCAUGCUAAUAUUUACAGGACUUCCAGUUAGUUUACAUCUUCAUCAGAGAGACAUGAGGCAUUAAAGGCUCCAUUAAGGGCUUUAGAAAAUCACUCUGGAUGUCUAUGGAAAACAUGUCAGCUUUAGAAGUGCCAUCCUUAGAUCUCUGACCCAUCUAACACAAGAAAUUGUAUCCAAAGGCAUCUAAAUACAGAUAAUGCAACUGUAAUAAUGUGAAUUGUACUGCUUUUGUCAUAACACAAUGGAUGCUUUCCUUAUAUUUGACCAGGGGAAUAGUGGAAGGCUCACAGUUUCUUACUAAACUCAUUUACAGACAUAUUCUGUUAUCCGCCCCUCCUUAAACAUGUUGCAUACUGUCAAACUAACUUUCUUUACCUUAGAGAGUCACCGGAUCUUCAGUAAUCAGAAUCUUUGGACUGCAUACACUCCAGUUGCUGUCCCCAUCUGCAAGUCUCUCUGGUCAAUUCCCAAACAUACACUGCAAAUCUGUUUAGAAUGGACAUUUGAUCCAAUCUUCAGUUUGCAUCUGCUCCAGUGACGUCCUGUAUCUCCUAGCUGCCCCCCUGGCAUUGGCAUCUGGCAAUAAUGAGGAAGUAAUGAGUCUCCUCUCCUUCUCAUUUGGUCAAUCAUCUACUGUUACUUCCCAUUGCCUCCAUUGGGACAACGUCAAUGAGAACAAAAACAAUUAUGACUGGACAGAAACCUUCACACCAUGUCAGCCAUUCACAACAAUGUUUCAUAAAAAGGCCUUUUGUUCACUUCAAACAUUUACAUAAAAAAUGACUUCCUGAAGCUGUUAAUUACACAUCAUGCCUUGCCUUAGACCAGUAGUUUCCCUACUGCUGCUACCAUACUCCCCUUUGGAAGCUGUUCAAUCACGGCUCCCUGUGUAAAUUGAUUGAAUUUCAUAAACCAGGACAAAUAUUAGGUUAACUUACAAAAACAAAAGUAGCCAAUUACCUAAAUUUUAUUGAAGUAUUAUUAGAAAAACUGCAUGUUUCUGAUUAGAUUCUGUCAUGCAAAUGAAAAGGCAAGUUAAACCCAAGGCUCUCCUGCUGUAUUAACAUAUAUAUUGUAUGGGACAACUUUUGAAGAAAGAAUUCCAUUAUCUCAAAUUAAUAUCUUGUUAUCUUUAUAUAACAGUUUUUUGUGGUCAAAUUUUUAUUAUUAUUAUUUUUUUAUAUAUAUUUAGAAAUUAUAAACAGUGACAAACAUAUACAAACAAUACACUGAGACAAGCAACGCAUCCAAUCCCAAACAUAGAGAGGAAGGACGGGAGGGAGGAAGACAAAACAACACAUGCAGAAACAGACACAUACACAGACAGACACAAGAGAAGGGACCAAAAACCUGCAGCACAAGGCUGCAGCCCGUUAUCUUUGUAUAACAGUUGUGUUUGCUUGAGAUAAGGAGAUAAUUAACCUGCCAUUAAAAAUCCUGAGAUAACAAGAUAAUUAACUGUAACUAUAACUGUAUUUGCUGUUUGUGAUCAUGAUAAUAGGAUUUAAACAGUAGUUACAACCACAGCCAGUCUUGGCUUCAGUAUCUGCAAAAACGGGCCAUUUAAAUUUGACAUACGUUUACUAAGAGAUACUGUUAAACAAGUUCCUUCUCCAAUUGAACUGGAGAGUUUAAA